UUUGGUCUUUUCUUUAUUAACUUGAAAUUGAAACAACUAGAAACAAAUUUUAAGACUAAUUUCAUUGAUAUAGUCGAAAGUACUCUCCAGUAUCCAAUAUAAAUAAUUAUGAUUGUAAUUGUAAUAAUACUAAUAAUUAUAUAUGAUGAUGAUCAACAUUGAGACGGAAUGUGGAGCCAAAUUUCUAGCUGUAUUAUGGAGUAUCUGGAAGAGACGGAAUGAAGCAGUUUGGAACGACACGGUGAUGGGUGCAGAGGAGACCGUGCGAACUGCUAAUAGUAUGCUCGAUACGUGGCAGCGUGCAAACACAGAAACGGGGAGGUUGAGCGUGGUUCCGCGACAGCAAGCUACGGCGAGUAGGUGGAGGAAACCCUUUUCGGGCUGGGUUAAAAUCAACGUUGACAGGGCUGUUAACCAGACCAGCGGAAUCCGAGCUUGGGGAUGGAUAGCACGUGAUGAGAAUGGGCAGUUUAUUCGGGCUGGAGGAGGAUCGGCGGAAAAAGAUUGGUCCGUGGAGGAAACUGAAGCUAGGGGACUGAGGAAGGCUGUUGAGGUAGCGGCUGCAGCAGGCUGGCUGCGGGUGGAAUUUGAGUCGGAUUCGUUACGAGUGGUGGACAAUAUUAAUAAAACAUCCAUUGGGAAUUCUUAUAUAGACCUUAUUCUUGAUGAUAUUCGAAGUAUUCUGGCAACAAAGAGCAACUGGAGUGUCUCUUUUUGUAAACGAUCAGCGAAUACGGUGGCACAUGCUUUGGCACGGUCACGCGUUAAUCUCUCAGAUCAUUCAGUAAUUUUUUAUUCUAGUCCUACUUGUAUUGAAAGCCAGUUGGCGAAUGAUUUAUUAAUAUAAGCUUUUAGUUCGGUGAUAAAAAAAAAA